UUGGCGAGGAAGUUUAGUGGAAGUGUGAGGAUAGGAAUGGAAAAUGCGACUCUCCGGAGUCACUAAGGAAGGUCGUUUUUCAUAGAAUAUGUACUCCUUUUGGUUACUCGGGUGAGAACCGUUGAUGAAUUUGAAUUGUGAAGGGUCCAUACUUGGUAUUGAGAGCUUAUUGAGAGUACGAACAGCGUGCGGCUCGAUUAGGACUGAUCCCUUUUCCCAAUUUUGAGGGGUGGGGUGGACACGGUGAAAAAGCCAAGCUACGUUUGUUUAGCUCAAUUGUUUUCAGUAUCGACGAAAUGCUCCGGGUUCUGUUACAUUUGAAUAUGGACUGCUCCUUCAGAGUUCGAAAUGAGAGACUUUGUUCAAGCUUGUCAUAAUUCCAGAUGAACUUCCUGUUACAUAGGUCUUGAUUUCUUUAUUGACUUAUAGCUGCCUUCUGCUUGCUUUGGUAGCAAAUCUUUCGGGUUGAACCUUUCAGGCGACAUGAUUUGCAUGCGUAAUUUUAAUCUACAUAUGCUCUUGCUUUAAAAAAAGUUUGAGAUUCUCAUCACCGUUCUUGGUUUGUUUUGUUGUUUCCUUUUUAAUGAGGGAUUAUACAUCUGAUAUGCUCAUGCUUAAUCUCUCCCUAUUAGCGAUUUUAUAUUAUAGAUGCUCAUGAUGGAGCCACUAGAUUCUGAUGCUCACCCUUGUACCAUUUGGUGGUGGCUCUUUAUGCCCUCAUAGAGUGUCCACUGGAACUUAAUCGUGGAAUAUGGCAAUGUGUCAAGCUUUUGAACAUUUCCCUUUCAUGAUGACAGUGUUGUUUCUUCGCAUAAUGAAUCUUCCCAUUUUUUGUCUCCUUUUUUAACGGUGGGUUUUGGUCUUCUAGAAACAUAUCCACUGUCUAUGGGGAGCAAGGAAUAAUGUACCAAUAAGUUUUGAGUUUUUUAAGUUCGUCAGAGAUGCUAAAAUGACGCGCAACCAGAAGGAGGAUGGGUCCAUUCAAUGACGAAUACUUGCUGUAUGCGAGAAUAAACACAUAUUCCUCUAUGUGAUGCAAAGAUCCACUCGGGCAAAACUGAAAUGUGCUUAUAAGACCUUUGUUAAGCAGGAAUAGAACCUCAGUGAGGAAGUACUGAGCUAUUAGUUCGCAAUCAAUGAGCAAAUUGUCAUGCAUGGUAGAUUACACUUUGUCUAUCUUACGAUUAGAUACUCACCUAUACUUUUAAGUGUGCAACGUCAUAGGAGUAUGAACUUCUCGAGCAUUAAGGUAGAGCCUUCGCCAACAACCGGUUCCUUUGCAGAGAGGCGAAUGCUGCACGGUUCCAUCAGCUCAACAACCAGUUUGACUGACAAUCAUCCCUCAUAUCCUGAUAGAUUUAAUAAAAAAGAAUCAGGCUUCUUUGAGUUCCAACCCUCACCAAGACCAAAUCUGGGUACUGCAGAAGUGAAUCACCAAAACAAAGAAUCCAUGCAAGUCCAUAGCCACUCUCAGACUCGAUCAUUGGCAUUGGUGCCUUUUGUCAGAAGUGAACUGGCAGUCUCAUCCAGUGAGUUGAGUCUUUCCACACCUACUAAAUUGGUUCCUUCUGGGGCUAACCCGCCUGAUGAAGUUGAUUCAGAGGAAUCAAACCAGCAAGAUCACCCAGGUACUGGCAUCCAGGCAAAACAAUCUGAACAUAAAGGAAGUGUGCCUUCUGUCAUGGCUGAGAGAUUGUCUGAUGAUGGAUACAACUGGCGGAAAUAUGGACAAAAACAUGUCAAAGGAAGUGUGUUCCCACGUAGUUAUUACAAAUGUACACAUCCUAACUGUGAAGUGAAAAAGCUUUUUGAACGCUCCCCUGAUGGACAUAUUACUGAGAUUAUUUACAAAGGAGUACAUGAUCAUCCCAAACCAGAACCAAAUCGGCGUGUUACUGGGGGUAUUAUGAUGCAUAUACAAGGAGAAAGAUCUGCUAAUGCUUCACCUUUAACUGGUGAGACUUCAUCAAACAUCUAUUAUCAAACUUCCAAUGUCAUUGGGCCAAAGAGUACUGCACAGCUAUCUCUGGCAGCUGGGAAUGAGGAUUGUGUUGAAGGUGCCGCUUCCUUGCAGUAUAGGAUUUGUGAUGAGGUUGAUGAAGAUGAUCCUUUGUCAAAGAGAAGGAGGAUGGAUAUUGGACGGUUAGAUGUCACUCCCCUUAUUAAACCUAUACGAGAACCACGUGUUGUUGUCCAAACUCUUAGUGAGGUGGAUAUACUAGAUGAUGGAUAUCGAUGGCGCAAAUAUGGUCAGAAGGUGGUGAGAGGCAACCCAAAUCCACGGAGUUAUUAUAAGUGCACCAAUGCUGGGUGUCCUGUUAGAAAACAUGUGGAGAGAGCAUCCAAUGAUAAAAAAGCUGUCAUUACAACCUAUGAAGGAAAGCACAACCAUGAUGUGCCGACCGCAAGAGCAAGCAGUCAUGACAUGGCAGCACUCACUGCUCCAGCCGGAACUUCAAGAGUUGGAACAAAAGAAGGGGAAACAAUUAGCCUUGAUCUCGGAGUCGGAAUCAGCUCUGCUGCUGAAGCCGGGUACCCCAAACCGCAGGGUUUGCGACAUACUAUCCAUAAGCAGCUGGUUCAAAACCAAAUCCACUUGAACAAUUCAAAUAUGAAGGUUCUACGAGCAACCCCAGUAUCAUCGUUUUAUUGUGCUGAUAAUUGUGGCGCCACCAAUUAUUGUAGUUCAACAGAAGAUUUGAGAAGAAGCCGAGGUGUGGAUAUUCCACCUCUGAACCAUUCUUAUUCAUACCCACAGACCGUGGCAAGACUACUAACAGGGCCAUAUAAUUGUUUACCCCAAAACCAGUCUAAAUAAGAUUCUGCUCGUUUUGUUAUAUUACCACAUAAUGAAAGAGCUGCUCCUUUUAUUAACUGGUGCAUUUCCUAGUUUGAU